AUGGAUGGUUACGGUAGCCAUACAGCCACAGAAUUCAUGUAUCAGUGCUAUAGCCAUCGAAUUCUGCUUAUGUACUUACCUCCACAUACUUCUCACGUCCUCCAACCUCUCGAUUUGGCCGUAUUUAGUGCCUUGAAGACGGCCUACCGCAAAUACCUCGGAUACUUCAAUCAAUUAACAGAUAGCACGGUAGUCGGCAAGCGUAACUUUCUUAGCUGCUACCGUAGGGCCCGUUUGGAUGGUUUGACGGGCCAGAAUAUCAAGAGUGGCUGGAAAGCAAGUGGUCUUUGGCCCGUCAGCGUGACCAAGCCUCUGAUGAGUCGCAAUUUGGUCAAUUCAGCUCCCAUAACACCUGGAGGCACGCAGGUAGCUCCGGGACAUCAAAAUACGGUAAAUUCGAGGCCUAUACAGUGUAUGGUAGAUUCUGAAGCCACGUGGUCGACCCCCAAGAAGACCUCAGAGUUGGUAGAUCAAAUACGGCAAUUCAACACCAUACAUCACCACACGACUACACAACGUCAACUCUUCAGGAAGAUUCACAAGGCAUUCGACGAUAAGAACAUUCAACUAGCUGUCAAUCAACGGCAAAUCGAGGCUCUGGAGGCAAGGCUUGAGGCGGUCAGACCAAGGAAGAGGAAGAAGGUAGAAUUGAGCCCAAAUUCCAAGUUCGCCAACAUCGAGGACAUCUACAAGGCGCAAAUCGCUGCCGGUGAAGUCGAGACUAGUUUAGAUGAAGAGAGCGACGGUGAAAGUACUAGUUCUAUUGCAUCCUGUAUCGUGGUAGAGGUCAAUUAA